GGCCGGCCGGUGCUUUCCAGUUUGGAACAAUGGCGAUGGCCGCCGGCUUCGGCAAGGUGAAGGUGCAGCCGCGCGGGCCGGCCGCGGCGCUGUCCCUGCUGCUGCUGCUGCUCCUGGUGCUGGCAGCGGGGCUGCUGGGCGGUGGCGCCGAGGCGCAGCAGACGACGUGCGCGGGGCAGCUGAACGGGCUGGCUCCCUGCCUGCGCUACAGCGUGCCGCCGUUGCCGGGGCAGGCGCCGCCGGCGCCCGGGCCCGAGUGCUGCUCCGCGCUGGGGGCCGUGUCCAGGGACUGCGCCUGCGGCACGUUCGGCAUCAUCAACAGCCUGCCCGCCAAGUGCGGCCUCGCGCCAGUCAGAUGCCAGUGAUGAGCUGACGGCCCAGUGCAUCGCGCUAGGCAAAAGGGUGAAGGAUGAUCCAGAGACACGCUGAACAAUAAAGGCCGUCGACUGCUGUGUCCUCGUUCGUAUUCGUUUGGUUUAGUUUCCUGAAGUCCUCUUUUUUUUUCAUAUACGUUCAACCAGUCCUGUCUAUGAGACACCAGUGAAUGCUAAAGCAAACUCUGACGGUCGUUUUCUGAGUA